AUUUGUUGGUGGGGGCCGGACGUCGGUGCUAUUUAAGUAAAUUUCUCAUUUUCAUAUGCAUCUAGAGACAAUGCAUUCUUCGCCGGUGCAGUUUUGGCAACCGACUACUUUGUUCAUAUCCAUUAUGUUUGUUUAUUGUUAUGCUUUUCACAAUAGGAUCUCUUUGGCGGAAUCUUUUGCCACGUCAUAUCCCGGUAGGAGAAAUUCCAACGACGACGACGAGGAGGAGGGGAUCACCGUUGAGGUGGCGGGUGAUGUGGAUCGGAGUUUGCAGCGGGGGUGGAGGAAGGGCACAGAGAAGCUCCCAACGAUCCACCAAGGAAUAUUGAGAGGACAUGAGCAUUUUAAACUCGGCAUGCAGAUUUCAUGAGUGCUAGAUAGACUGUACCGG